CAAGUUAACAUCUUUUUUUUCUUUUCUUUUUUUUCCCCGGACUUUGAAUUCUCGCAGAGCACCAUUUUGGAAACUUGAUCUGAACUUGAGACGAUGGAUAACCGGGAGGAAUCAAAGAGUUGCUCUGUCAGCGUUCUGACCUGGGAGCAGGUGAGCCGGCUGGAUGAAGUUCUCACCGAGGUGGUGCCUGUUCACGGCCGGGGGAACUUCCCCACCUUAGAGGUGCAGCUGAACGACAUUGUGGCGCGAGUUCGCUCAAGACUGGAGCUGAGCGGCAUCCGAGUGAAGGACGUCCGGCUCAACGGCUCCACGGCCAGCCACGUGCUGGUGCAGGAUAUCGGCUGGAGCUACAAGGAUCUGGACGUCAUCUUCAGGGUCGACCUGCCGCACGAGGCAGAGUUCAGGCUCAUUAAGGACGUGGUGCUGGGUACCCUGCUGGACUUUCUGCCCGAGGGUGUGAACAAAGAGAAAAUCACACCCAUGACUCUCAAGGAGGCGUAUGUCCAGAAGCUGGUCAAGGUGAACACGGAGCAGGACCGCUGGAGCCUCAUCUCCCUGUCCAACAAUAACGGCCGCAACGUGGAGCUCAAGUUUGUGGACUCGAUACGUCGCCAGUUUGAGUUCAGUGUGGACUCCUUUCAGAUCGUGCUGGACUCCAUGCUUUCCUACUACGAGCUGGCUCAGACGCCCAUGUCUCAGGCCUUCCACCCCACCGUCAGCGGGGAGAGCAUGUACGGGGACUUCAGCACGGCGCUGAGCCACCUGCGGAACAAGCUCAUCGCCACCAAGCGGCCCGAGGAGAUCCGAGGCGGCGGCCUGCUGAAGUACUGCAACCUGCUGGUGCGGGACUUCCGGCCGGCCAGCCAGGAGGAGUUCAAGGGCCUGGAGCGGUACAUGUGCUCGCGCUUCUUCAUUGACUUUCCUGACAUCGGAGAGCAGCAGCGGAAGGUGGAGGCCUACCUCCAGAGCCACUUUAUCGGCGAGGAGAAGAGCAAGUACGAAUACCUCAUGAUCCUGAAGCGAGUGGUCAACGAGAGCACGGUGUGCCUCAUGGGCCACGAGCGGCGGCAGACCCUCCACCUCCUCUCAGCGAUGGCCUUCCGAGUCUUCGCGGAGCAGAGCGCCAUCCCCGACGCCUCCUGCGUCACCUGCUACUAUCAGCCGGCGCCUUACGUCCGAGACCACAACUUCAGCAACUACUAUGUGGCAAACCAGAACAUUCCAACAUGGCUGCCAUGUAACUGACACGACAGACACGUGGAAGGAUGUGCAAGAGGGCAUCGCUGCUGCUGUUUGAGAAGAGAGAAGGAAUAAAUGGAAAAAAAAGAAAAAAGAAAAAAAAAACAUUCAACAUAGAGGCAAUAAAUGCUAUGUUCCUCUCAAGGCACAAUUAUUUAAGUGGACAAGUGUUUUGCUUUUGUUUUUUGGAAUCCUUUCUCAUUCCUUAUCUACAGAGGUGUCUAGGUCAUUGGAUAGAAAGUGACAUUUUUAAGUGUUAUUUAGAUUUAUUUUCCCUCAUGUUUGGUUGUUUCCCUGUUUAUCAACCUUAUUCUUAAUGGAGUUGUGUUAUGUGCCUUACCCUCCAGGUUUACCCCUCCAAUACUUUAAGUAUGGGCUAUUUUUUGAAGAAAGGGAAGAAGAAAUGCUAUAGCCUGAAAUUUGGUUUUCUUGUUGAUUAAAAAAACAAAAAAAAAUGUGAAUCACAGAGAAAAAAAAAAAAACAAAACUGAAAAUGUUGAAAAAUAUUAUUGUGAACGGGGUAAAAUAAAAGGUGACGGCCGAAAAAAAAAAAAGAGAAAAAAAGCUGAUCACCGGUGUUAAAAGUUUACUGAGGAGGGAAAAAGGUGGUACACUAAUAACCUUUGGUCACAUCAGAGAUGGCUGGGCAGCGAGAGCGUCAACUUGUUCUCAGUUUGACAUGUAAAUAUCUCUCAUCCACGUCGGAGCUGUCCCUCAUGUGCCAGCAGUGCCUGUGACUUGUAAACAAUGCAAGAGAAAAUGUGUAUUUUUUUAUUUUCCACUGUGAAUUUCAGCGUUGGGACGAGUCCCCUCCUCCCAGCUGAUCCAGUUUUCUCAGCCCUGAGUGGAAAUCUGCCGUCAGACGCUCUGAUCGAUGAGCUUCUGUGUGUGUGUUUUGAGGAGUUUUAGCUUCCUCCCUGUUUUUUAAGUCGCUUCCAGAAGCCUCAGCGGUGACCUCCACACGUCACGCCUCUUUGGUUUUUGCGGGAGGCUGACUGACAGGGCGGCGUGGACGGCGGCCUGCUGAGGGAAUGUGCCUGCCCCUCGCCGCCUGGCCGGGAGUCCUGGAGGCCGACUGGCUGCCUCUUCCCUUAAAAGGAGCAGCACAUGGAGGCCCGCCGGGUUCUCCCUCACCACCAUCGCAGGCUCGAAAGCAGCCCUGAAAUGGGAUCUCGCUCCGACUCUGCUCAGCGACUGGCUCUGGAGCUGCAGCCGUCUAUAAUUAUCGUCUUUUUCCUGGGGGGAGGUACCUUUGGGAGCAGGGAGCUGGUGCAUGACCUGCAGCGACUGGCCGCCACCGUACAUGUGUGUGAGCUGAGUCACGUCCUGUCCUCUCCUAUCCGCUGCCUGCUGAGACCACGUAGUGUUUGAACCCCUUUUGUGGUCAUGGAAGGACAGACGACAUGUCUGCCAGCGGGACAGCACUCCCCUCUCCCACUUGAUUAAUGUGGAAGCUACGAGCAGCCUCAGCUGUGGCGGAGUUGCCCCGAUGAGUUUUCUAUUCCUAGCUGAGCCUAUUAUUAGCUGUUAAUUUUGAACACUUGCAGUGCAGCUUUGCCAGCAGAUGGCCGGAGCUGAUUCUGCUCGAGGCCGUCGACUCCCCUCGUCCCUUUCAUUCAGGUUUGAGAGAAACUUGUUAUGUAAGCGGCCGCUCCCGUCACGCCCCUCGGUUCCUCGGAAGCCUAAUUCGGGCUCCCUGCUCGUCUCGCCGAGGCUCGUGUUAGCUCCAGAUAACCGGCGGCGCCUCUUAUCAGGCCGAGCCACGGCGCAGGGCUGGUCAGUGGAGGAGCACCGGCUCACAUCUGGGGUUCAGGGCGGGUCGCCUUGGUUCGGCUGCUCAGCUUCUCUACUCAAGCUGCCGUAGUGUUUUGUUUUAACAACAGGUGAGGCGUCGCACGGCGUCUCACUCUGGACCAAAGUCUGCUCUACAACCAGCAACCCAAGCAUUCAAGUGCCUGUCACUUUUCUCUUCUUUUUUUCUUUUUUCUUUUUGGAGAGUUUAUCUUUUUAAAGGGGUUUUUAAUGGUGAUCAGGAGGGAAAGGUUUAGCAAAGUGUUUGUUUUUUUCUCUUCAGCUUCUCUAAACCCUGUGAAAGUUCAAUACCAGACUAUCAGAUUCUGCUUUAUGGGUGAAUGCAUACAUGUUUGUGGUUGGGGAGGAGUAUCAUUUUGAGUUUUUAUUUUAGUUUUGUUUUAAUAUUUUGCUCCCCCUUUUUUUUUUUUUUUUCUCGUUUCAGUCCCAAACUUUUCCUUUAAACCCACCCAGUCAUUCCUGUUACAGCCGUUUCAUUUUACCUUCUUUGUUUAGUUUUUUCUAUACUCACUCCCUGAACUGUGUGCAGCUUCACCGUAAGCAGCCGGGUUAGAAUGACUCCUCCUGUCCCCCGUUCAAACCAAAGCAACACCUGAAGUGCACUGAGGAGCCGCGGUGAGGCUCGGUAGCUGGAGCUCCACCGGCGGAGACCCCAAACCAACAGAAGCACUUUAGAGAGGCCUUGUUUUACUCCAAACCCAGCCACCCGAGACGGAUGUACAUAAGCUAAUGUGGUCAACUUGCUGGAGGGAGUCGAGCUGGUUCUCAGGGACAUGAAGUGUUUUUGAGGACGAUGGUUUUUUUUUUUUUUUCCCCCCUUUUGUUUUUUUUAUUUGAGUGACUCUGAGAUGCCCACUCCUACUCGCCUUGGUUUAGUGUCUUCUCUCUGUGUUAGCGCCCCUCCUACAGCUCCUCACCAGAUGAGCAGCCUGGAGGUGGAGGCAGGCGGCAGACUUCAUCUUGCUUCGCCCCGACGGCAGCGCGACAGCUUUUUAUCUGUGCAUCCACUUCCUCCCAAAGCUCAUCAUGACUCGGCCCCCUCCUCUGCCUUCACCACGACACUCCUCACCCCGAGGUGUAACCAGUCUCAUCCAUCAUCCCCCCCCCACCACCCCGUGUCUUUAUCCACUCCGAGUGAUGAUGAAUCGGAGAAACUCGGUCGCGCUGCAAGUUGAAGUCUGCCGUUCGGAUUGUUCUCUUCUCGGGCUUCUUGUUGACGUCGCUCGCUGGCGGCGGCGGCGUCAAAGAAAACGCGGCGAGUCGUGUUUUCUCGACACCUGAUUGGUGGACGCAGCCUGGAAUGUAUAAACCCUGUGUUUACGGUUAUUGUGGCUUUUUUGUUUUUCCGAUGAAAGCUUUACCUUCCUCGUUAGUUCCCCCUUUAGUCGAGUGCAGCAGGACUCGAGCCGAACCCCUUCCUUCGUCAGGGUUUAUGUGUGUAUGUAUGUAUGUUGAGCUCUUUGUGAGUGAGGAUAAAACGAUGAAGAGGAUGAAAGGUUGUUGUUUUUUUUGUUUUAAUUUUCUGCCCUCCACCUUUUCUUUCUGCUGUAAACGUGUCAGUGUUACUCUCUCACUCAGCUCAGCUUCAGUCGCCUCGCUCGUCGGGCCCUUGUCCAUUAGUGCAGCGUGUUUCUUUCCCUCUACGACACCUGUAGACGUAUAUCUCAGCAGAGUGGGUGCAGAGAAAUCUGCGGAUUAGAUAUUUAGCGAUUUCUGCUUGUCUGAAGUACAAGUCUUACGCCAUAGGAAUGUGACGGAGCUCCUCUGGAAGCUCUCCUGCACUUUCUAUAUGAAGAGUUGUGAAUUUUCUUUUCUUUUUUUUUUUCUUUUUUAAAUUUUGCAGCAGAUUUGUGUUUACGUUCAUGCGUGGAGGUUUGCAUGUGUGUAUGAAGGGAUGAUUGUGGCAACACAAAGUUUAAAAACAAACAAAAAACAGCGCAGUGGGAGGGGGGGUAAAAAAAUGAAAUUUGUCGCACUAUAUUUUUUUGAAAUAGGUAAUGCAAAAGAGCUUCUUGUCGGCUUUGUGAUCGUGACGAUGACUUUUGAUGGUUACAACCAUUAUGCUAUUUCAUUUUUCAGCACUUUUACCUCACUUGAGUUUUUCCUUUGAACGGAAAUGUACGUGUACAUCAGGAAAAUGUGUUUGAAGAGGAAAUAAUCAAUAAAGAGUAUUAAAUGCA